AUGCGGAGCUUCCGAACUGGACGGAGCUAUGUCCUGGAGAUGUGCAGCGCCAGAAUUCUGGUGCUCUGCAUGUGUGCCAUUAGCACCACCCUGUUUGUAGGAUUUCGAGCAGAGCAUGACCCAGAAUGGCAAAAGCUUUUUGAGGUUUGCGAGACCGGGCCGGGACGAAAGGUGAGAUGCCAUUCAAACCCAUGGCAAGCUUUGCUUGUUGGGAACGUGCUCUUGGUGGCUACAACCAUGAUGAUCAGUGGCUAUCGGAGCCACCACGUUUUUCUGGCUGCAGUGACCUUUUUGGGAAGCACUGGCAUGAUUUCCACAGAGCAAGCCCUUGCUGGCUUCUCUAGCUCUGGAAACAUUGCCUUUCAAGCAGUCUUGCUGCUCGUGGCGGGCAUCCAAGAUUCAGGCGUUCUGGAUCAUAUUUUUUCCCGCAUGUUGGGGACCAGAGAAACACAUACCAAGGCAUUUGUGCGGGUGCAGGUUGUGACGGCCUUGUUGGGAGCUAUGGUCCAACAAACAACAGUUGUAGUUGCUGCAGCACCUGCCCUGCAACGCUGGGCCCCUCGUGCUGGAUGGUCAGUUCGUGAAGUUUUACUUCCGGUUUCGACCGUUGGAGCGGUGAGCCAGAACUUAGUGAUUGUGACCUCAACGGUGGCCCUCACGAUUUACCAAACAAUGCCAGAAGCACAGCUGGAGAUGCUUGAUCCUGCACUAGUUUGUAUUGCCUUGACCUCUUUGACCAUCGUCUAUUGCACGCUGCUUGCGAAGCCCCUGCUCAGUGCCAUGGUCAAAGAACCUCACCUGGACAACAGAGAGCACAUGAGGCAUCAGUGUCACAAUCGCUACUAUUUGUCGUUCGAGGUCGCGAAAGGGUCUUUCUUAAUCGACUCUACCAUAGCACAGGCUGGAUUGCUUUUUAUGCCUGGCGCAUCUCUGGUGGAUUCGGACUUCCCUUUGGACCAACAAAUGCUUGCUGGCAACCGACUCAACUUUGCGGCUACUGCUGCUGGGGUCGUUGCUGGCUGA